GGGACGUAGGCUGGUGGUAAAGCAGUGGGUAUGGUCGAUGACUCAAUAGUGGCUUUCCUGAGAUUCAUGGCCUGGGCACAAUUAUCAGACAUAGAAAGAUCUCUUCUCUGCUGCGCUGUAAAUUUCUAUCACUGGCACCGAUAACCCUUCCUCUAUCCCCCACCAUGGCACAACCGGAUAAUCAAGCCUUUCAGCCAGUUACAACCCGAAGCUCACAGGGGCCUGAAGGGCGAAGUUGCCAUAGGUAUUAGCACACCUCAAGGUUAAUCAGAAACGGACCUAAAAUGGAAUCGGUAAUCAUUGUUGCUACAUCCUUCGUCAUAGUCUCAACUUCCCGCGGUCUUAACUUCGCCUGGGGAGUCUAUCAGGCUCUAUAUAAUUGUCUCGUUCGCGAACCCGGAACGGCAUUCACCGGUGCUGCCCCUGCAGAAAUGGAUCUCAACGGCGCAAUCCCAGUAUCUCUAAUGGCGAUAGGAGCCCCCUUUGUUGUCGCUUAGGCUAAGCGUUUCACACCGCGCACAGUCACAUUCGUGGGUGGCGUUGCAUUUGGGCUCUCACUAGACUUAGCUAGCUCUGGGACAGCAUUGUGGUAUUUCGAGCCAACCCAAGGAUUCUUGAAUGGAAUUGGCUGAACUAGUUCUAAGGGUACAUCUACUAGAUACUCCGCUUCUGGUUUCAGCGCAGGAGUCCGAACUUGCUAGGAUCAGUCCAAACAUCACCUCCAUUCAGACUCUAGCAUACUAUCAUAUCAACGUGGAAGUGGAAACCAAUCACCAAAGGCCCAUGGACCCGCCGAUGAACAUCUCCACGAUGAGGAAGCUUUCGUGGAGAGAACCCUACCUCAAACGACCAGAGCACCAUGCAACAUCCAGCUCGCCUUGGAUCUCCUCAACCGUCGUUUUCGCCUUCCUCGGCGGGAUGUUCCUCACUAUACUCUUAAAGCAAAGUUUGCACAGCCACCGACCUGCGAGCCAUGGCGAUAUACAGACCUUGGCUCAGGAAGGAUAAUUUUGGACGGAGAAGACAUGGUAAUAAACAAGACCCUUGUCUAACAUAGCUUAUCGAAGGUGGGGGCGUACAAGGCAGAGUCGAUAUAAUAUCAGUCAUUAACAACC